AUGGCAAUAGCACUGUUUAUGAGUAUUUUUCUUCUUGUUCUCCCCUUCUUGUUAUUCGUUCUCCUAAAACAUAGGGUUAGCAACAAUGGCAGUUUUAAUCGUCUUCCGCCUGGCCCUCCAAGUCUUCCCUUCAUUGGUCACUUACAGUUGCUGAUGUCUGAUAACUCAGUCCCUCAUCUUUUUCUUAAUAAACUCUCUCAAAAAUACGGUCCUAUCAUGUUCUUGCGAUUUGGAUUUAGGCCAACCCUUGUAGUUUCUUCGGCAAAAAUGGCUGAAGAGGUUAUGAAAACCCAUGACCUUGACUUCUGCAGCAGGCCUAAUUUAUGUGCUGCUGGAAAAUUUUCUUACAAUUCUUCUGAUUUGUCUUAUUCACCAUAUAAUGACUACUGGAGGGAGAUGAGGAAAAUUUGUGUUGUACACCUCUUUAGUAGAGUGAAAAAGUAUCGUCCCACCCGAGAAGACGAAGUUUCUCGCCUGAUUGAAAAAAUAUGCCAAUUAUCUGUUGCUUCUAAGCCUAUCAACUUGAGUGAGGCAGUGAUGUGCCUAUCAAAUUCAAUCAUUUGUAGAAUAGGCUUCUGUAAGAGGUAUGAUGAGGAAGGAGUUGAAAAAAGCAGGUUCAGUCGGUUGCUUAAAGAAAGUGAAGCUUUGUUUUCAAAUCUUAGUUUCUCUGACUACUUUCCUUUCAUGGGUUGGGUAGAUAGAUUUACUGGUUUUUUGAGUCGUCUUGAAAAAGCUUUCAAAGAAGUUGAUACUUUCAUCCAAGAACUUAUUGAUGAGCAUCUUGAUCCAAAUAAAUUAAAAUCAGAGCAAGAAGAUAUAGUCGAUGUGUUGCUACGAAUAAAGACAAAUCAUGAUUUGCCAUUUGAUCUUACCAUAGAUCAUAUAAAAGCUAUUCUUAUGGAUGUUUUUAUUGCUGGAACAGACACAUCAGCGGCUACUGUGAUUUGGGUAAUGAACUUUCUAAUGAAAAACCCAAAGUGUUUGAAGAAAACUCAAGCGGAAGUGAGGGAUUUAAUUAGAGAAAAAGGGUUUGUAAAUGAAGAUGAAGUUCAAAAUUUAACUUACCUAAAAGCGGUGAUAAAAGAAACAUUUAGAUUGCAAGCAACAGUUCCACUAUUAGUGCCACGAGAAACACUUCGAAAAUGCAGCAUUGGUGGGUACGAAGUCCCUACCAAAGCCUUAGUGUUUGUGAAUGCAUGGGCAAUAGGAAGAGAUCCCGAAGCUUGGGAAAACCCUGAAGAGUUCUGUCCAGAAAGGUUCAUAGGUAGCUCCAUUGACUACAAAGGGUUGAACUUUGAGCUCAUACCAUUUGGUGCGGGUAGAAGGGUUUGCCCUGGAAUGCGUAUGGGAAUCGCAGUAGUGGAGCUUGCCCUUGCUAAUCUCCUUUACAAGUUUGAUUGGGAAAUGCCAAACGGGAUAAGUACGGAAGACAUAGACUUUGAUGUUGUACCUGGUAUCACUACACACAAAAAAAAUUCUCUUAUCCUUGUGGCAAGGAAGAUUAACGAUUAAUCCUUGUAUUGUUAUAGUAACAGUUAAAUUAGGUUUUAGUUCAAUAAAUUUUCAUAAAUUAAAUUUGUAAUUUAAUCACGACAUUUAAAAAAAUCAA